AUGUGCAGGCAGGGUCUGCGGCCGGACUGUUUCCUCCCGGGCCGGAUAGUGGAAUGCUGGUUUCUGUUUUGUUCCUACAGCUGGUUUUUAGGUGACAUUGAUGGUAACUUUCAGCAGAAUCUCAACAGCCCUCUUCUCAAGGUCCUGGCCUGGCCAGUGGGGGUGUCUGGGCCUCACAGUGCACCUGGGAAGGACAGGAGGCAUGUGACCCGUGGGCAAGUGGUACCAGGACCUGGGUCCCGGGGAGUCUCGCUGUUUGCCGAGAGCCCUGACCCUCGCCCCACGCACCCUUCCCUGGUGGCUGCAGCCAUGGGCAGAGCCAGGCUGCGGAGGCCUUGUCCCCUGUGGCCCUGGCCGGCCUAG